AUGCAACAGAGACUCAAGUUGCAGCAACAACAACAAGCACUCAUGCAGCAAGCUUUGCUUCAGCAACAGCAGAUGUAUCAUCACCCUGGCAUGCUUGCCGCUGCCGCUAUGACUCAGAUGGAGCCUGUACCAAGCGGAAAUCUGCCUCCUGGUUUUGAUGCUUCUGCAUGCCGUAGUGUUUAUGUAGGAAAUAUUCAUGUAAAUGUCACCGAUAAACUUCUUGCCGAAGUUUUUCAGAGUGCUGGCCCUCUUGCUGGGUGCAAGCUCAUAAGAAAAGAAAAGUCUUCUUAUGGUUUUGUGGACUACCAUGAUCGAGCAUCCGCAGCACUUGCAAUAAUGACAUUGCAUGGUCGACAACUAUAUGGUCAAGCACUUAAGGUGAAUUGGGCAUAUGCCAAUAGCAGUAGGGAGGAUACCUCAGGGCACUUCAAUGUAUUUGUCGGUGAUUUGAGUCCAGAGGUUACUGAUGCAACUUUAUUUGCAUGCUUCUCAGUCUAUACUACUUGUUCUGAUGCUAGGGUUAUGUGGGAUCACAAAACUGGUCGCUCAAAAGGAUAUGGUUUUGUUUCUUUCCGUGAUCAUCAGGAUGCCCAAAGUGCCAUAAAUGAUAUGACGGGUAAAUGGCUGGGAAAUAGACAAAUAAGAUGCAAUUGGGCAACUAAAGGUGCUGGUGGCAGCUCAAAUGAAGAGAAGAUCAAUGACAGCCAAAAUGCCGUUGUGCUUACAAAUGGGUCUUCAGAUGGAGGUCAAGAUAACAGCAAUGAGGAUGCUCCUGAAAAUAAUCCUUUAUACACCACAGUUUAUGUUGGCAACCUUCCCCAUGAUGUAACACAGGCUGAACUCCAUUGUCAAUUCCAUGCAUUGGGAGCUGGGGUACUUGAGGAGGUCCGAGUUCAGAGGGAUAAGGGUUUUGGAUUUGUAAGAUACAAUACUCACGAGGAAGCAGCACUGGCUAUUCAGAUGGCUAAUGGAAGACCAGUUCGUGGGAAGACGAUGAAGUGUUCAUGGGGUAGCAAACCAACUCCUCCUGGGACAGCUUCAAAUCCAUUACCUCCUCCUGCUGCACAGCCAUAUCAAAUACUUCCUACUGCAGGGAUGAACCAAGGCUACUCUCCCGCUGAGUUGUUGGCUUAUCAGCGCCAGCUGGCCUUGAGUCAGGCCGCCGUAUCUGGCCUUUCUGGACAAGCUCUUCUUCAAAUGUCUGGACAGCAUGGCCUAGCUCCCGCUUCAAUGGGUAUAAACUCUGCGGCAUCUCAAGCCAUGUAUGAUGGAUAUACUGGUAAUUCGUCAAGACAGCAGCUUAUGUACUAUCGUUGA